AUGAAAAGUGAGUUUGUCUCAUUUGAUGAAGACUACAGCCACGACUCCUUGAAUGAUACCAACACAGAAAAUGUGACAGAGGCGGCAAUAAAAUUAUCAGGCCCAAUUUCUGCAGACAAAAUCUAUGAUGCUUUCAAUGGCAUCAAAACCACUAUUGAUACACUCAUGAAAAGUGUAUUCGUAUCAUCUCAUCCAAACUACAGCAACGACACUUUGACUGAAUCCAACACAAACAAUGUCACAGAGGCAUCAGUUAACAUAUUCACAGGCCCAAUUUCUACAGACAAAAUCUAUGAUGCUUUCAAUGGCAUCAAAAACAUAUUUGAUACACUCAUGAAAAGUGUAUUCGUAUCACCUCAUCCAAACUACAGCAACGACACUUCGACUGAAUCCAACACAAACAAUGUCACAGAGGCAUCAGUUAACAUAUUAACAGACUCAUUUCCUACAAAUUCGACUCAAAAGAGCGAUACCUUUAAUGACAGUGGAAACGUUAUUAAUAAACCCAUGAAAAGUGACUCCCUAAAUCCACUCCAGACCAACAAUCAGAUGAAUGUGACUCCUAUUGAGAAUUGGACAAAAACUGGUGAGAGAGUUUUAAAUUGA